AUGGAGCUGCAUCCCGGCCGCUUCCCGGCCGCCCGCGCCGCCAACGUGGCCGUGGGGUACCUGCGGUACCUGCGGGGCGGCCCCGGCACCGGGCUGCGGCUGCGGGAGCUGCGCCGGGCGCGGCGCCAGGACAUUGAUGGUGUGGGGCACAAGUACUACCUGGACCUGGAGCUGGAGGAUGUCCUGGACAAUGACAGGACUGUGAACUGCACUGCUGAGGUUCUCUAUCACCUGGGCAGCAAAACCUCUGCUCCAGAUGUGCAGCUGACAGUGCAGGGAGAGCUCAGGAGCACAGAGGAGGCAGACAAGGAGUUCUACCAUCGGAUCAGGAGCCUGGAAAAGGAGCUUGUGGCUGAGAACAUCCCAGACAGCCACGGGAACGUUCCCCCAGAGCUGGAGCCCAUCCACCUGCUGGCCUGGGCGGCCUCUGGCUACGUGAUCUGGCAGAAUUCCACUGAAAACACCAACUUCAACCUCGCCCAAGUGAAACACGUGAAGCAAGUGAAAAGAAAUGAUGAUGAUCUUCAGUUUGACUUUGUGGUUCUACUCCAUGAAAUGGUGUCCCAGGAGGUGCUGCCCUGGCAGGUGACCCUGCUGUGGCACCCCCAGCGCGGGGCCCGAGUGCCCCAGGGCGGCGCCGCGGGGGCACCGAGAUCCUGAGGGCAGCUGGAGCAACUGGGAACAACUGGGAACAACUGGGAGCAACUGGGAGCAACUGGGAACAUCCCUGGGAACAACUGGGAGCAACUGGGAGCUCCUGAGAACAACUGGGAGCAACUGGGAGCAACUGGGAACAUCCCUGAGAACAACUGGGAGCAACUGGGAACCCUCAGCAACUCUGGGAACUUCUGAGCACCCCUGUGAAGCUGGAAACACCUGGAAACUCCUGAGCACCUCUGGGAACCCCUGGGAGCUCCCACACCUGGAAGGAGCAGGUGGGAGUGGGGACCAAGCACAGUCCCAGACAUGAAAUGAAAUGAAACCUUCCUGGGUGUUUCUGGUCCCAGAAUUCCAAAGGGACUUCCCCUCCCUCCCUCCCAGGGAUGAAUGCAGCAAUUCCCAGCAGGAAUACUCACGGCACAGGGGCACAGAUGUUCUCCCUGAAGGACACUUUGGGCUUCCCCAUGGUGCAAGGACAGCCAUAUUCCCUCUCCAUCCUCUGCAGGAGGAAACCCACAGUGGUUAGGGUCAUUCCUUUGGGAUCUAUUUAGUAACUUCAUCAAGACUAAUCACUUUUUUGGUUGGGGGUUGGAUUGAUUUUUGGGGCUUUUUGUUUUUUUUUUUUAAUUACCAAAUUAUUCCCCAUCAACUUCCUUAAGACAUGCAUCUUCACAUGCAGGGAAAGGAAACAAAAUUAAUUAUGUUAUUAAAAUUCAGGUUUUUCAAGGCAAAAAUCACUUUUUUCUUCAUUUUGUCAAUAUUUAAGAUACAUCUUUUUGUGUUAAGAUUAAAACAUAGACAUCAGCUGGAAUGAAACAAAUCCCUCUAACUACUCCUUUCUCCCUACACCAGCUUUUAUUAGGGAAUGAUACAUUUAAAACCACAGAAACAGAGGAUUUUUCUGUAGAAAUUAAUUAUAAUUAGGUAUUAUUAAUUAUCAGAAGCAAAGGCUACUAGAGCAAAGUGUAGUGUUUAAUACAUUUUUUAUGGAUUGUACCAAAUCCUAAAAAUAUUCCAGGCAAAUUUUCCUUUUAGAAGCCUUCAGAACGGAACCACUGGAGAGAAAGAACCUUCAAAUGUUGACUUAAAAGUCCAACUUUUCCCUGAGCAGCUGGAAGGAGCAGGGAGGAGGAGGAGGAGAUGGGAAAAGAGGCAGAAGCAGAGCCCAUGGGAUGUGCUCCCCCAGUUACCUGGGCAUAGAUCUCCAGGUGCAGCUCCCCCAUGCCAGACACAAUGGUCUCCUUGCUCUCCUCAUCAAAGUGCACCCUGAAGGUGGGAUCUUCCCUGGUGAAGCGGCCCAGGCCUUUGGAAAACUUAUCCAGGUCAUUCUGAAACACGAGCCAAGAUUUACUCAACACCCAUCAGUCACUCCAAGAAAAAAGCCUCAAGUUUUCCCAUCCAUGCUGAGCAUUUCUGCUCUUUGGGUUAUUUUAUGGGAGAUUUCUAACUCUUGAUUAGUGUUAAUUAUUUACUUCAGGUUCAUGUUUCUGGCUGAGUGACAACAUCCAGGCUCUGGGUUAUCCAAUGGAUAAAAUCAUGGAUAUUUGGGAUAAAACACUUUCCAACAGU